AUGGCUUCUUCGGACAAGAUCUUCUCCCUCGAGGGCAAGGGCCUGAAGCUCACUACCGAGGCUGAUCUGGAACCACAUAUCGCCCCCCUCCGGGCUCUGGAGAAUGUCGAGGAGGUCAGACUCCUUGGUAACACACUCGGUGUCGGAGCUUGCAAACUUCUGGGUGAGGUCCUGGCUACCAAGAAAACUCUUAAGAACGCCAACUUCGCUGAUAUUUUUACCGGCCGUCUCCUGAGCGAGAUCCCCGAAGCUCUCACCCUGCUACUGAAUUCGAUCCUCAACCUUCCUAACCUCGUGACGAUUAAUCUGAACGACAACGCUUUCGGGCUCAACACCGUGGCUCCCCUCAUCACCUUCCUCUCAUCACACGUUCCUCUCCAGCAUCUCUACCUUAACAACAAUGGACUCGGUCCCCACGCCGGUAUCCUUGUUGCUGACGCCCUGUCAGAACUCCAUGCAAAGAAGGAAGCCGCGAGGAAGGAGGGCAAGGAGGUUCCCAACCUGGAGACUGUCAUUUGCGGUCGCAACCGACUGGAGAAUGGAAGCAUGAUUGCCUGGGCCAAGACCUAUGGCCUCCACAACAAGAUCAAGACUAUCAAGAUGAUCCAGAACGGAAUCAGGCCAGAGGGCGUCGCUCAGCUCAUCAGGGAAGGUCUUGCCAAGGCAAGCGAGCUGGAGGUUCUUGAUCUCCAGGACAACACCUUCACGUUUGUCGGUGCCACAGCCCUAGCCAACGUCGUGCCGGAAUGGACUUCUAUCAAGGAGCUCGCUAUCGGCGAUGCUCUCCUCCGUGGAAAGGGUAGCUUGUUGCUAGCCGAGGCCUUGUCAAAGGGGAAGAACCAGAAGUUGGAGACUCUUCGCUUGUCUUUUAACGAGAUCACCGCUGCCGGUCUUACGGAGCUGGCCACUGCCGUGAAAGACUCCCUCCCCGCGCUGAAGCGCAUCGAAAUCACCGGAAACAAGUUCGAGGAGGACCACGAAUCGGUCGUUGCUCUUCAGGAGCUCCUCGAGGAGCGAAAGGAGAAGUUCGCUGGCGAUAUCGUUAUUGAGGACGACUGGGGUGUCGACAGCUUGAGCGACCUGGAGGGAGAGGAUAGCGACGAGGAGGAAGAGGAGGAAGAGGAAGACAUCUCAACCGAGGAGAGAGUUGAGAAGCUUACCAAGGCUGCCGCCGAGGCACAGGAAGCACCUACUGUCAAGCAUACGGAUGGAAGUGUUGACACUUUGACUAAGCAACUUGAGAAGACCUCAAUUUAG